AUCCCACUAUGCAUGAUAGCAAGCCAAUCACACCAACUAGCUAUUCAUUAAUCACAGAUCAUCAACAAGUUUAAUUUUCCUUCAUCUUUAUUUAAUAAUUUAUUAAUUAUCAUUUCAUAGAUCUUGAAAAAAGAAAAAAUGGCGAAGCAACUAAUUGCUACAGUUUUGCUGAUCAUAGCCACAAUUUCGAUUACUCGUGCUCACGAAGAAGAAGCAUGGUUCCGGAAUAUUCGAGGUGUAAAGGAGAGCCUAGCCGUGGUUCAUUUCUACGUUCAGGAUGUACUUGGCGGAUCGAAUCCGACGGUGUACGAGGUUGCUAGGGCUUCCAUAACUGCGAACUCAACGACGUCGUUUGGACAAGUGAGAGUGUUGGACGAUAGAAUGACGGCCGGUCCAGAAGCCAACUCGGCCACAGUGGGCCGGCUCCAGGGGCUGAUCACUUUUGCUGACCUGGAAACAUCGGCACUCGCGAUGAACCUGAACUUCUAUUUCACGUCCGGCGAGUAUAACGGGAGCACGCUGUGUAUAUUGGGGAGGAAUCAGAUAAUGAACGCCCAGCGUGAGUUUCCUGUGGUCGGGGGCACUGGCGCGUUCAGAUUCGCGCGUGGGUAUGCUCUUUCCAGCACUUACUCUUACGAUGUUGAAACCAACUACGGUGUGCUCGAGUACACCAUGUACGUGACUUACGUCAAUACUACCAGCGCGUCGCUUAUUAAGUCAGCUGCAGACAUGUAAAACCGUGUAAUUUUCUUGUUUUUUCAGUUUGUUUUUUUUAACAAAUAAUAAAGGACUCUUGGAAGUAA